AUGUUUGAUGUCGAUGAAUGGAACUCCGUUAGAGAUCAAGCGUUCGAAAGUCUCAAUGUAACCCUUGCAUCCCAGCCAACCGAAGACGACAUUUACUCAACGCUCGCCCGUAAUUCAUCAUGGCAGUAUUACGAUACAAGUGUGUGCACAUCUGGUUCUUCAGAAGAUACUCUAUCUGUAUUAUUUCAUGUUUGUGUAUAUUUUCUCUACUGCGCUGUGUUCGUGGUAUCGCUCGUAGGGAACGGACUGGUAUGUUUCGUGGUGCAUAAAACACCACGUAUGAAAACUGUGACAAACUAUUUUAUAGUGAAUUUGGCGGUGGGGGACAUCCUCAUGACAUUGUUUUGCGUGCCAUUCUCGUUUGUUUCAAUGCUGGUGCUGCGACACUGGCCAUUCGGUGGCGUCAUGUGCAAGGUGGUGAACUAUUCGCAGGCUGUAUCUGUGAUGGUAUCGGCGUUCACGAUGUUCGCUAUCUCCAUCGACCGGUAUAUGGCGAUCAUGCGUCCGCUCAAGCCCCGACUCAGCAGGACAGCGGCUAAACUCGUUGUGGCGGUCGUAUGGACAUGCGCACUCGCCACUGCCGCCCCCAUAGCUUUUGUCUCUAGAACACAAAAACCGUCUGAGUGGCAUAAGUUUUGUGAGUUAGAGGUUUGUCUCGAACACUGGGAGCACAGAAAACAGAGCGAGCAGUACUCAAUGGCGUUGCUAGCGUUGCAAUUCGGGUUGCCACUGUGUGCACUUGUCUGCACCUACGCACGCAUCGCGCACGCUGUGUGGGGCGGACGUCCACCCGGCGAAGCACAAUCUGCACGCGACACUAGAAUAAGGCGCUCUAAAAGAAAAAUGAUUAAGAUGAUGGUGGCAGUGGUGAUAGUAUUCACAGUGUGCUGGCUGCCACUCAACUUUUUGUGGUCGUUGCAUGAGGACGAUGAAAGCUGGGGAGCGUGGCCUGGUAUGCCGUACGUAUGGUUCGCAAGUCAUUGGCUGGCCAUGUCGCACUCCUGCUACAACCCUAUCAUCUACUGCUACAUGAACGCGAGAUAUCGCCGCGGAUUCAAAAUGGCACUGUGUUGCUUGCUCCGAAUUCAUGCGGGGACUCGAUCUCCAUUGUUUCGUCGGUCCACUAGCAUGGGCGAAGGAGUGCCUAUGUCUGCCACUACACAAGCCAUGAUACACUCACUACGCAUGCGCACCGCGGCGUGCGCCAGCGACAGAUCUCCGCCUACGUUCAGUUCGCGCGUCCGCAACCCAGCGUUUUCGCCGAAGCCGCGCGCGGGCGCGGUGAACGGUGAUGGUUUCCAGCCGCCACUGCCUCCGGGCUGGUUUGCUGGAAGAGGUGUGUUGGGAGUUAUUCCCGAGCCCGACACUAUUCGUCAGCCGAUCACGCUGUUCGAGUCAUCGCGGCUAUCGUGCGCGCCACUGCGUGCGCUUGCGGUGGCGGUUGCGCCGCCCCUUGCCCCCGUGUCCGACUGCGGGCGGAGUGCCGCCGCCGUCGACCGCGGGAAGUAG